AUGGCUGUUGUAGGAAUUAAUGGAUUUGGAAGAAUAGGUAGAAUGUGUUUACGUGCUUGUCUUGAGAAACACGUUACAGUUAACUUAAUUAAUGAUCCAUAUAUUUCAACUGACUAUAUGGUAUACUUAUUUCAAUAUGACUCGACCCACGGAUCUUAUCCUUUACAUGUGGAAUGUGAAAAUGGAUAUAUUAUUAUCGGAGAUAAUAAAAUAGCUACAUCUCAGGAAAAAAAUCCAUGUAAAAUAAAUUGGAAAGAGGCAGGUGUAACAUAUAUAAUUGAGGCUACUGGACUUUUCACUACCUUAGAUAAAGCAGGCUUACACAUGGAUGGUGGAGCUAAAAGAGUAAUUAUCACUGCACCUUCUGUAGAUGCAUCGAUGAUAGUUUAUGGUGUGAACCAUACUUGUUAUGAUCCAAAAAAAGGUAAGAUAAUAUCAGCUGCUUCUUGUACAACAAACUGUGCAGCGCCUAUCAUUCACGUGAUGCAUGAAAAAUUCGAAGUUAUUGAAGUAAUGAUCAGUAGCGUACACGCUUUAACAUCAAUGCAACGAACUUUAGAUGGACCUCUAGAAAGGGGAAAGUUGUGGAGAGAUGGUAGAGGUGCUCUCCAAAAUAUUAUUCCAACAUCUUCAGGAGCCGGCAAGUCAUUAGACAAAAUUAUCCCUGAACUUAAAGGCAAAAUAUCUGCAAUAGCCUUUAGAGUACCAGUUUCAAAUGUUUCUUUGUGUGACAUGACUUUUCGAGUCAAUAAACCAACAACAUAUGAAGAAGUAAAAGAAGCAAUGAAAACAGCAUCAGAGAAUUAUUUAAAAGGUAUAUUGGGUUACACAGAUAAUGAUUGUGUUUCAUCUGAUUUCAAUUCGACAAGAUACUCGUGUAUUUUUGAUGCAAAAGCUGGCAUUCCUCAAACAAGUACAUUUAUUAAAGUUAUUGCCUGGUAUGAUAAUGAAUAUGGUUAUGCAUAUCGUAUAGUGGAUUUGAUACGAUAUAUGUACCAAGUUGAUUCUGGUAAUAUACCAGUAUCUACACAAGAAUUAGAUGAAAGUGAAGAUUAAUUAUUGUAUUCGA